AUGGAUCAUACUAGGAAUCCAUGUGGUUGGUCUCUUAGAAGAUAUCAAGGGAUUGUAGACCCUCUUGUGUUGGAAAGUCUGGCAUGUAGAGAGGCUUUACAGUUAGCUGCGUCUAAAAAUUUCAAGCAAGUGAUUUUUGAAGGAGACUCCAAAAUGGUUAUCUCAGCUCUACGAGGAGGGUUAGUCCCAUUGGAAAUUUCCAACAUGCUGCAGGACGUAAUCAACCUUACUCAAGCUCUACAGGAGGUAUCUUUCUCCUUCAUUAGAAGACAAUGUAAUGUGGCUGCACUUAGCCUUGCCUCUAAAGCACUGAGAGACGAGUCUUUCUUUGUUAAUCCUCUUACCCAAUGCUCUUUUCUAAUAUCUGAAAUGCUUGUUUAA